UGAAUGAAUGGAAGAGUCUCCACGGUUUUCUUCUGCUUCUCGCCCUGGACUGGAGAAGUGAGGGGGCAUCUCUCUGUCCUCAUCCAUCUCUUUCUCGCUUCAUCCAUUCUCAAGGGGAUUUCAGACCGUGCAAUGUGUUUUCAGCCUCUUGCCGCUGCUACCACUUGAUAGUGUGUUAUGCGCAGGGAGAGGGUUUUGCAAAAAUGGAUUUAUUCUAUUUCAAAGGAUUUCUUCUCUAAUAAGGUUCUCAUUGCACACAAAUAUGACUAAAUCCCCUAUUUGGUAAAUCUUUCUCUACCCCACCCCUCCUCUUUGGGUUCCCUCCCGCCCGCCCCCACCCCUUCAGAGGAGCAAGCACAGGGAGCUGAUGACGGACCCAUUAAUCCCUUCUUCAAUGCAUCAAAAGAAGCCGAAGGGCUGGAAGUCGCUGGGCUCGGAGUCCUGCAGGAAAUGCUUCGAUCUGCUUUUGGUUCUGUAUGAAACUGGUGACUAGGGGCUCGGCUCGCUCCGCCGCCGCCGCCCGCCGGCACCUGGAUGCGCGGGCCGCCGCCGCCGCCGCCGCCUUGCCCGCCGCCGCCGCCGCGAUGCACCGCUCGUGGCGGUGCUGGUGAUCGCUCGGGUGUGAUGGGAUUGAGCCGGCGGUGAUCAUUUGAAGGCGGUGAGGGAGAGCGAGGGAGAGGAAAGGCUGCUCGGCUCUGCUGUGUGUGUGGGAUUCGGGCGCUUUUUUUUCCUUUUUUUUUUUUCUUCUUCUUCUUUUCCUACUUCCAUCCUCUCCCCGCCACUGGAAGUCCUCCCGUAUCUAAAUGGAAUUAGUGGAGACCGAAGCCCCUUGUGUAAGGAACAGACAUGACCCAUGGGCGCAGCUUCUUUCACAUUGUAGCAAGUCUAAUCAUCCUACAUUUGUCUGGGGCAACCAAAAAAGGAACAGAAAAGCAAACUGUUUCCGAAGGACAGAGACCAGUGCAGUGUGGAACUUGGACAAAAUAUGCAGAAGGAGGCAUCUUCACUUCUCCAAAUUACCCCAACAAGUAUCCUCCAGACAGAGAGUGUGUCUACAUUAUAGAAGCUGCUCCUAGACAAUGCAUUGAACUACACUUUGAUGAAAAAUAUUCCAUAGAGCCUUCUUGGGAGUGUAAAUUUGACCACAUAGAAGUACGAGAUGGACCUUUUGGCUUUUCCCCAAUCCUUGGACGUUUCUGUGGACAACAAAAUCCACCUAUGAUAAAAUCCAGUGGCAGAUUCCUGUGGAUUAAAUUUUUUGCUGAUGCUGAACUGGAAUCUAUUGGGUUUUCUGCUCGGUAUAAUUUUACACCUGAUCCAGAUUUUAAGGACCUUGGCGUUUUGAAGCCAUUGCCAGUUUGUGAGUUUGAGAUGGGAGGACCUGAAGGAAUUGUGGAAUCUGUACAAAUUGUUAAAGAAGGAAAAGCUUCUGAAACUGAAGCAGUAGACUGUAAAUGGUACAUCCGAGCACCACCCCGAUCCAAGAUCUAUUUGCGAUUUUUGGACUACGAGAUGCAGAAUUCCAAUGAAUGCAAAAGGAACUUUGUAGCAGUGUAUGACGGAAGCAGCUCGGUGGAGGAUUUGAAGGCGAAGUUUUGCAGCACAGUUGCUAAUGAUGUGAUGCUGAGGACAGGCCUGGGUGUAAUCCGCAUGUGGGCAGAUGAAGGCAGUCGAAACAGCCGAUUCCAGAUGCUCUUCACAUCCUUCCAAGAACCCCCUUGUGAAGCCAACACAUUCUUUUGCCACAGUAAUAUGUGUAUAAAUAAUACACUGGUCUGCAAUGGACUCCAGAACUGUGUGUAUCCCUGGGAUGAAAACCACUGCAAAGAAAAAAGAAAAGCAAACCUAUUGGACCAACUUACCAAUACCAGUGGGACUAUAAUUGGGGUGACUUCUUGCAUUGUGAUCAUCCUCAUUGUUAUCUCUAUUAUAGUACAGAUCAAGCAGCCUCGUAAAAAAUUUGUCCAAAGGAAAGCAGACUUUGAUCAAACAGUGUUCCAGGAGGUGUUUGAGCCUCCUCAUUAUGAGUUAUGCACCCUUAGAGGGACAGGGACUACAGCUGACCUUGCUGACGUUGCAGAUGACUUUGAAAAUUAUCAUAAACUGCGGAGAUCCUCUUCAAAAUGCAUUCAUGACCAUCACUGUGGAUCACAAGUGUCUAGCAUUAAGGGCAGCCGUAGUAACCUCAGCACAAGAGAUGCUUCUGUCUUGACAGAAAUACAACCCCAGCCUGUAAAACCACUCGUUCAGCCCAUGAACAGGAGAAACAUCCUUGUAAUGAAGCAUAGCUACUCACAAGAUGCUGCUGAUGCGUGUGAGAUAGACGAAAUUGAAGAGGUGCCAACCACAAGUCACAGGCUGUCCAGACAUGAUAAAGCUGUUCAGCGGUUCUGCCUCAUUGGGUCUCUAAGCAAACAUGAGUCUGAGUACAACACAACUAGGGUCUAAGAGAAAAACCUGAGACUGCUUGACAUAGUGCGCUCCUGGGUGAUUUUGAACAUGCUACAGUGAAAUGUGAAACUAUCGUCCUUGGAAACACCAGCUAGAGGUUUUACGGACUCUGACCAGCUAUUCUCUUAUCAUGAAAAAAUUCAGCAGUGUUGAGUAAAAUUACUAGAAGGCAAUAAGACUUUGGUUAUUACGCUUAUCAGUCAUUUAUCUUUUUGGUUUUCUCUCUUCUUUUUGUUGCAAGUAAAAUUCCCAAUUUCAGGAACAAUUUAUUAAAAUCAGGUAUUUAGCCAUUCAUAAUCACUUCAAUAGAAACGUUUGUUGGAUCAGCAUCUAGCAAUAUGACUGAAUUUGACAUUGAGAAAUUAAUCUGCAUGUAUGUUACUGAAUAUUUGAGUUGGCAAAAAUCCCUUUAUUAGAUACAUUGUAAAAAGCAUGCAUUCACAGUUAUUGCUGUUACUGUUCCAUUUCUGUGUCAUAUGCUUGCUACUUGUAACUUUUAUAUAAAAAUACAUAAAAUAAUGUAUAAUAA